CGGGCCGGGCGGCGGCAGCUGCGCGCACCGGAGCAGAGCUGAAGGAAGUGCUGCCCGUGCCCUGUCAUGAUGCCUUUCGGGGGAAUUGCUGCCCAGCUGCAGAGGAACCGCCUGAAAGCAGAAGGAGUCGGCCAACACCAUAAUGCCAUCAAGUACCUUAACCAGGACUAUGAGGCCCUCAAGCAGCAGUGUCUGGAGAGCGGUACCCUCUUUAGGGACCCCCAGUUUCCAGCAUCCCCCUCUGCCCUUGGCUUCAAGGAGCUGGGGCCACACUCCAGCAAGACGAGGGGGGUGGAGUGGAAGCGUCCUUCCGAGUUAGUGGAUGACCCUCAGUUCAUUGUGGGCGGUGCAACACGGACAGAUAUCUGCCAGGGGGCUCUGGGUGACUGCUGGCUGCUGGCUGCCAUUGCCUCCCUCACACUCAAUGAGGAGCUCCUGCACCGCGUGGUGCCCCACGGGCAGAGCUUCCAGGAGGAUUAUGCUGGCAUCUUCCACUUCCAGAUCUGGCAGUUUGGUGAGUGGGUGGACGUGGUGGUUGAUGACCAGCUGCCCACCAAGGAUGGGGAGCUCCUGUUUGUGCAUUCAGCAGAGUGCACUGAGUUCUGGAGUGCUCUGCUGGAGAAGGCCUAUGCCAAGCUGAAUGGCUGCUACGAGUCGCUGUCCGGGGGCAGCACCACUGAGGGCUUUGAGGACUUCACUGGUGGUGUGGCAGAGAUGUAUGACCUCAAACGGCCGCCACGCAACUUGGGCCACAUCAUCCGCAAGGCAUUGGAGAGAGGGUCCCUGCUGGGCUGCUCCAUUGACAUCACAAGUGCUUUUGACAUGGAAGCAGUGACCUUCAAGAAGCUGGUGAAGGGCCAUGCCUAUUCUGUCACAGCCUUCAGAGAUGUGAUUUACCGGGGUCAGCAGGAACAGCUCAUCCGCAUCAGGAAUCCCUGGGGUCAGGUSGAGUGGACCGGAGCCUGGAGCGAUGGUUCCUCUGAGUGGAACUACAUUGACCCCAGUGACAGAGAAGACCUACAGUUGAAGAUGGAGGAUGGAGAGUUCUGGAUGUCUUUCCGGGACUUCAUGAGAGAGUUCUCCAGGUUGGAGAUCUGUAACCUAACCCCUGAUGCCCUCACCAAGGAUGAGCUGAGCAGGUGGCACACACAGGUGUUUGAGGGCACAUGGCGCCGUGGCAGCACAGCCGGGGGCUGCAGGAAUCACCCAGCCACAUUUUGGAUCAACCCCCAGUUCAAAAUCAAGCUGUUGGAAGAGGAUGAUGACCCUGGGGAUGACGAGGUAGCCUGCAGCUUCCUCGUGGCCCUGAUGCAGAAGCAUCGUCGGAGGGAGCGGCGAGUGGGUGGUGACAUGCACACCAUCGGCUUCGCCGUCUAUGAGGUCCCUGAAGAGGCUCAGGGCUGCCAAAAUGUGCACAUGAAGAAAGACUUCUUCCUGCGAAACCAGUCACGGGCACGAUCCGAGACCUUCAUCAACCUGCGGGAGGUGAGCAACCAGAUCCGGUUGCCUCCGGGAGAGUACAUCAUCGUGCCCUCCACCUUUGAGCCACACAAGGAGGCUGACUUCGUCUUGCGAGUCUUCACUGAGAAGCAGUCGGACACAGAGGAGCUGGAYGAGGAGAUCUCGGCUGAUCUGGGGGAUGAGGAGGAAAUUUCUGAAGAUGACAUAGAAGAUGGCUUCAAGAAUAUGUUCCAGCAGCUGGCAGGGGAGGACAUGGAAAUCAGUGUCUUUGAGCUCAAGACUAUCCUGAACAGAGUCAUUGCUAGGCACAAAGAUCUGAAGACAGAUGGAUUCAGCCUGGAUUCUUGCCGCAAUAUGGUCAAUCUGAUGGAUAAAGAUGGCAGUGCCCGCCUUGGGCUGGUGGAGUUCCAGAUCCUCUGGAACAAGAUCCGGAGCUGGCUGAACAUCUUCCGUCAGCACGACCUGGAUAAAUCAGGCACCAUGAGCUCCUACGAAAUGCGCAUGGCUCUGGAGUCGGCAGGUUUCAAGCUGAACAAUAAGCUGCAUCAGGUGGUGGUGGCUCGCUAUGCAGACCCCAACAUGGGUGUGGACUUUGACAACUUCGUCUGCUGCCUGGUCAAGCUAGAGGCCAUGUUCAGGUUCUUCCGCAGCAUGGACCCUGAGGGCACCGGCACUGCGGUGAUGAACAUCUCUGAGUGGCUGUUGCUGACGAUGUGCGGCUAAGAGCCACCACAGAUGCACUGCAGCUAGGCCACCCCAGCGGGCCCGGCCCAAUCCAAGUGCCUCCCCUUGGAUCCAUGGACACAGGAAACUUUUACCCUACCUUGCUCCACCUACCAGCCUUGCCCUGCCUCUCAGCAAGACUUACUCUGCAGUCUCCUGUGGACUGUCUUGAAGGGUUCAAGGCAGGCAGGGGCUGCUCUUCUCUUCUUCUGGGCUGGGCUGCUUUUUCACUCUUCCCCCUCCUCUAUCCCCACCCCAGAAGCAAGGAGGGCAGGCAGCAUGGGAGCACUUGUGCAUCACUGUACCUGGCUUUUUAGCAACCAUGGUGGAGGCAAGUGAAGGAGCAGGCUCAAGUGUGGCUGCAGAACAGGAAGCAGGUGGACCUUUGGGGAGACAUUGUGGGGUGAGGGGGGAGAUGACUGGUGUUGCUAGCUCCAGCGCUGUCCCAUUGCUGCUGAUACCUGCAUGCUGGGACCAUCACUAGGUAUUACACCACUCCAGUGGAAGAGAGUGCAGGCCAGGGCGAGGAGGAAGGUCUGUACUCUUAGCCCGCCAUUGCCACUAAGCGCUCUCUAAAAGGUAAGCAUAACCAAAGUGUGGCGUCCACGGUGGAUCAGGACACCAGCAGUUGGUUCCUCAUCCUCCAGACUCCAUUUGUGUGGCCUUGAACACAUGCCUCGCAUAUCCAUGGCCCCUUUCUUUACGCCAAUUUAAGCACUGAAUGUUUCGAGGGCUCUCCUGUUAUGUGAUCAUAUGACACCCCUACGCACAAUGCAGUGGACGUUUCUUCCCAUGCAAGCCCCGGAGUGCCACCACUCUAGUGCCAUUGCUUUCCCCAGCAGCAGGUUCCCCUCCUCUCCUGCUGAGGCCAGCACUGGAGCUAUGGUGAGCACUUGGCCCUGCCCUUCCCUCUUCCCUCCUGUCACUCUGCCCACUCACAGCCCUUGGCAAGGCCAGGGCAGGGUCUGGUACCUGCCAUGGAGCAGAGGGGAGCUCUGCUCAGCAGAAAGGAAUGGGUAGAUUUCUACUGUUCACAAAUGUUUCAAUCCUUUACACUAUCAUCACCUGCUGCUGUACUGCCCUGCUCCCUUGGGCCACUGAGCAAACUGACUUGCACUUUCCUGCACUCCUCCAUUCCCAUCACCUUUUUUUCCUGUGGUAAGGGGGUGGCUCUAGCUUGGCUGUGGGUAAAGGGCCCUCCUUUGCCCUAUAAGAUGUAGGCAAGACAUUUUGUCUGUUCCAUGCCCUUGCCCUUGC